CCUGGAACCUCUGCGGGCUCCGGCGGCUCUCUCUACGCAAUUGCGGUUUUGCGAUCCCUCUCGCCCCCCAACAUGCCAUUCAUUGAGUUGGAAACGAACUUGCCAGCUAGCCGCAUACCUGCAGGGCUAGAGAAGCGGCUGUGUUCGGCCACCGCCGCCAUCCUGGACAAACCCGAAGACCGCGUGAGUGUGACGUUACGGCCUGGCAUGACCUUAUUGAUGAACGGAUCCACAGAGCCCUGCGUCCAGCUUCUGGUCUCUUCCAUCGGCGUUGUGGGCACGGCAGAGCAGAACCGCAGCCACAGCUCCCGCUUCUUCGAGUUCCUCACCAAGGAGCUGGCCCUGGACCAGGACCGGAUAUGUAUCCGCUUCAUCCCCUUGGAGGCCUGGCAGAUUGGAAAGAAAGGAACUGUCAUGACGUUUCUAUGAUUGAAACAAAGAAUCCAGGGUGCCUGCUGAGCCUGUCCAGAGCCCUCUAGAGAGGCUUCCUGGCAGACUUGUGGCCGGUAGACACCACUGCCAAAUACCUCCUUUGUAUAUGUGUCUGUGGCUUCACUGCACACUUUGGUUUUUCUUCUCCAGGCUCAUGAAUAAAUAUGAGGUCAAAUAAACGAAGAGAGUAUAA